ACGAAACAGCUAAGUCGUGUCAGUGGCGCAACCUACCGUUUGGAAUAUUAAGCCUUGCCGCUACUUCAGUUAGGGAGGAAAUAUAGCUGCUGUUUACCUUAGGAGGAAUCUUUUUGCAGAAUCUGCAAUUGAGUUUAACAGAUGCUUAUUGAAGCUAUGAACCACAGUUACGGGGUCUACCUCAAAACUUUCAUGUUAUCCUUCGAUACCAUGAAGAAUCUCGUCGCCAAAUAUUUAUCUGUACGACGUUGCCAAGACUUCAACGCAUAAAGACAGAGUACUAACCUGAGCACAAGUGGAAAAAUCAGUGUGAUCCACAAAUUCAGUCUUCAGAAAUGGAUUUCUCCAAAAACAAUAACACGCUCGACCCGACUCUUAUGAUGACUGAAAAUCUUAUCCACGAUCACCGACUGCCUGAGUUGAUUGGGCCAGUAAAGUGGAGAGACCUAGCACGAGUGUUGGGCUUCAACGAAACUGCCAUUGAAGGAAUCCAAAUUGAAAAGGAAAGGUGCCCCAAAGAAUGUUGUAUUGCGGUCCUAGCAAGGUGGAUCCAUCGAAAGGGACGAGACGCAACAGUUGGAAAGCUCGCAAAGGCCUUGAUUAAGAUAGAACUUAAGAACGUGGCUGACAUAUUACUGGGUCCGAUCAAUGAUAGAAGAACCAUCUCUAUUGAAGUUAGAGGGACGAUCAAGGUAGACGAUGCAAACCAGAUCAUAAUGGGCAACGACACUACUGGAAGGUCAACGUUUUUUGUGUGGGAAACCAAAACAAAAGAAUUUUAUACAUCUUUGAAGGAAAUCAAAGACUAUAUAAAUACUAUCGACCUGUUCAUAGGAAAUAUACCCAAGGAAACGGAACAAGUCGUGGUUGAAGAUCUUACCAGCAAAGUUGACCAAAUUUCCGAGAACUUAGAAAAACUUCAAAAGACACUUUCAGACAUAAAAUCCAGUUUGAACAUGCCUGAGUUGAAAGAAGACGCCUUAACCAUGCGAGGAAAGUUGGACUUCAUUGGAAGACAGAGCAGAACACUGGAGGAAGUGUACUCUGAAGUAACAAGAAUGACAAGCCAAGCUUGCACAUGCGACGAGUUCGUCAGGAGAAAGUUUUAUGACUUUACCUAUUACAACUUAAAAACCGUGCAUACUGAUCUGAACGCUCGUAUUGCGGACCUGAAGUCGGCGGACACAAGCUUUACAAAGGAAGAAAAUGAAAAGCUUCAAAUUCUGCUGGCUGACCAAGAAGGAAGAGAAAAACAGGUUGAAGAUUUGGAAGCAGCGCGGACACUGCUAUUCUCCGCUUUUCUCGGCUCCUCCGUAUGUAAAUUUACCCGCAUGGUUGAUGUUGUUUUUGUUGUUUUUUGUUUGCUUCUGGCUAAAAGCCAUUCUUCCUUCGUGCCAGCGUGUUUACGGUAAAAAAAUCUAUUUCCAGCCUACUUUUAGAAUCCUGCUGGCUUCGAUAUAGGAAGAAGAAAAUCCCAUAGCAAGUUAUCAAACAGUGAAAUAUGAGGCAUUUUCAAACUACUCCAAUAACCCUGGUAAAAGAAGAAAAAGACCGGUUCCAACAAUUAGGAGUGAGAUAUAGGAGCAAAGAUUUAGAGUAUUGACGGGAGAAUCCUAGUCUUUGGUAAAAACCCACCACUAAACAACUCUUAUUUUUAUUUU